CUGCCAAGGAAACUAGUAACAUGCCUUGGACAUGAUAAAACCCUAAAACCAAAGUCAAAAGAGUGACAUUUCAGAAGAAAUGUCCACAUGGGUUUCCUUUCUUUACUUCGCCCCAUAUCUACUGAUAUGAAAAAACCUUUCGUUGCCCUCUUUCCCGCGCUGUUCUCCUCUUCUCCCCCAAUUCGACCGUUGGACCACGCCCAUUUGAAUCUGAAUCAAGAAUGCCUCAACCUUUUGGCAACAUGUACCAGCAUGACCCAGCUCAAGCAGAUCCACUCUCGCAUGAUCCGAACCGGUCAAGACCAAAGGAGCUUCACCCUCAGCAAAUUGAUCGAAUUUUGUGCUUUUUCGAAUGAGAUUGAUUAUGCUUGCUUUGCUUUCAACCUCAUUGAUAACCCAAAUAUUUAUCUAUGGAAUGUUAUGAUAAGAUUACAUGAGCAAAUAGCCAUUAGAGAUGAACCCAUUUGGCUUUACAAGCAAAUGAAAUUGGAAAACACGAGGCCGGAUGACUUUACUUUCUCUCUCAUUCUAAAGAGUUGUGCGAGGUUAGCUGAUGCGGGGCAAGGGGAGAUCAUUCAUGGAGACGUUUUGAAAAGUGGGUUUCAAUCAGAGACUUUUGUGAAGACUGGUUUGAUACAUUUUUAUGUAGUUUGUGACUGUUUGGAAGAUGCCCUACGAUUGUUUGCUGAAAUUCAUAAUAGAGAUUUGGUGCUCUGGAGCACUAUGAUUAGGGGUUAUGCUAAAGCAAGAAGGCCUGAUGAUGCAUUGAAUCUGUUUCGGAAGAUGCAAAUUGCGAAUGUGAGGCCUGAUAAAGUCACACUGGUGAGCAUCCUCUCCUCUUGUGCUCAAUUGGGUGCUUUGGAUUUCGGCAGAUGGGUUCAUGCAUACAUAGAAAAGCACAAUUUUUUGCCAAAUAUUUACAUAGAGACUGCUCUCAUAGACAUGUACCUGAAAUCUGGGUGCUUAGGUAGCGGACACGAGGUAUUCAAUAAAAUGGCUCAAAAAGAUCUAUCUUCAUGGAAUGCCAUGAUCAUUGGACUUGCACUGCAAGGCCAUGCGAAAGAUGCAAUCGAGGUGUUUCACGAUAUGCAAAGAAAUAAUAUCAAACCCGAUGAAAUUAGUUUUGUUGGUGUUCUUUCAGCAUGUAGCCAUGCCGGUCUCAUUAACGAAGCUGGGGAUUAUUUUUACUCAAUGACUAAUCAUUAUGGUAUCAAGCCUGAGGUAGGUCACUAUGGGUGCAUGGUCGAUCUCCUUGCACGAGGGGGACUACUUAAAGAAGCUCAAGAGUUCAUAAAAGCCAUGCCUAUUGAGCCAGAUGCUGGUAUUUGGGGCUCUUUGCUUAGUGCAUCGAGAAUUCAUGGAGAUCGAGAGUUAGCUGAAACUGCAAUGAAACGCUUGAUUGAUCUGGAACCGGAGAAUAGCGGAAAUUAUGUGCUCUUAUCAAAUAUGUAUGCAUCUAGUGGGAGGUGGAGCGAAGUGGCAGAGAUGAGGAAGGUGAUGAAGGAUAGGGGGAUUCAAAAGAGGAGAGGGUGUAGUUGGAUUGAGGUGAAUGGAUUUAUUCAUGAAUUUGUGGUGGAGGAUGAAUCACACCCAUUUUCUAAAAACAUUUAUUGGAUGUUGAAUGAUAUCACAAAGGAGUUAUGGUCACAUGGGUGUGUGUUAGAUGAAGGGUAAGAGAAAAUAUUCCUCCUUUCUUGGUAGAGUACGAAGGUACAUGUAGGGAAUAGGGUUCUCAGAACCAAUACACCACCAUCUAUGUUUAUUGGAGGACACUGUUUUGUUGAGUUGUUGCCCACUUUUUUGGCAGUUUCGAGGAACAAUUUCGACGACUUUAGCCAUGAAUGGUAUGGAAUGUGGAUGUUGGGUAUGAUUACCUAAGUUCUAUACUCUUGCGAGUUGCGGUUACCAUGCCCUUUAUGAAACUCCAAGCAUCAUCAAAAGAAAGCUCUAUCAAAAGGCAAACGGAAAACUUUUUCUGUUAACAUGCUCUUUUAGGUGUUUCGUGGCAACGAUUUCGGAGCAAGAGCGUGAUUACCUUGGAAGUGUAAGGUUCCAACGUUGGCUGAGUUCUUUGAGAAAUAAAUUUUGUAAAAUUUAGUUAUUUUCCUGUGGUAUUUUAUUUCAAUAAAA